AUGCCGCUCACGCAAGGGGAGCCAAACCCGUGGUAUAGCCAGCAUCAUAUCCACUACCCCGUCCAGGUCCGUUGUGAUCGGGUCCAGCCCGAGUGUUCGACCUGUCGCAAGCCAACGUUCCAUGCGACUUUUCCGCUUGUGGAUCGUAGUCUCGCGCAACUUUCCCAGAAGGUGGAUGCGUUCUUCCCGCAGUCGACAGGGACAGCCCUAACUACCACGACCGGCAUAGCCAGGUCCGAGCCAGCUAAUGACGGUACGGCAGAGGAGAUCGCGACUAAACAAGUGUUGGAGUUUGGGGACAUGGGAGAGCAUUUAUAUGGAUACCCUGCAGCUCUCUGCCUCUUCCGAGCCUCACAAAAGCUGCUCUGGACCGCCUUAGGAAGGCUAUCCCAACACCGCCCCUCUGCGAGGUGCAGUGGCAACGGCGGCCGAUCAUCUCUCGUUGCGGCCUUCAUUGGUGCCACAUUACGAAAUCUUUCCCUUUCGCGGAAAAUGUGUAGAGCCGCCGCUCGGAAGGGAUCAGAGUCCGAUCUUGUUACCGCCCCUGGCCGUGCUCGACUCGGCGACUUCUCCCAGCAGCAAGAGGAGCUGCUCAGUUCCUCGUUCCUGGCCCGUGCCCCCGAUCUGGGCCUGAUGCAACUCGAGCUUAGCUAUCGCUACCACGUGGGGCAGAUCUUGAUUUCUCGAUGCGAUCCCUCGGAGGAGAGUCAACUGGAAUCCCGGAAGCACUCGGUUUUGGCACUGCAGAUGAUGCGUGAUGUGUUCCACGUCCCCGUGACAGCCAUGACACCAACAGCCACCGUGCAGGUCGAGAACGAAGCAGCCACCUGCCAGUUAUCGGGAAUGUCCCUGGCAGGGUUUGAAAAACUUGUUGGCGCAGCCAAUGGCAUCUCCGUUUGACGGCCUGGAUCUGUCGGAUUUUUAUUUUUUUCGAUCCACUUCUGAUGGAGAAUUACGUUGCGGAUCAGUUUCGGGUGUCUGGACGGAUCGCAGGUGGCAGCGGGACUGGAAUGGGUUCUUGUGCGUGAGUCGGGGAUUAUAUCCCCUCCAUUUGGGAUAUAAAAUAUAAUGUCUCCUCAUGCUGUGGAUGGUGCGGAAGAGUCGAAGCCGAAAGUACUCUUCCCGCGAGGUACUAGACUUUAUCCGCCCGGAUAGAAUCGUCUUAGCCUUGCUAGUACGGGAUAUGCACAAAGUAUCAGUAGUCGUAGAAUAAGACAGGAAGUAACGAU